CGGCGUAUGCUGUCAGUGGCCCUGAAACCCAACAGAAGAAGACGGAAACAUUGCUGGCUCAGCGGCCCUUACAAACCCACAACAACAAGAAGCAACGUUGCAAAUUGAAACCUUUAAGCAAGCUGCACGUAACCUGAAGAACGUAACAAUGAAUCCCACGUUUAAAAAGGCUGUUAGAGUGGCACUGGGCAGCUGGAACCCAUUACAGUUUGCUGUUCAGCAACAAGCAGGUGGCAAGCAAAGUGCUGAAAUUGCUGAGUGGAUGAUUGGCAUCAUUGAACAAUAUUUCUGUGAGAAUGAGGAUCUUGAACCUGAAGAUGUUGCAGAUUAUCUGGCAACAAUAAUGGACCAAGAGCUUAACAUUCUUGUUGAAGAUGAUUCAGACAUGGAGAUUGGGAGUUGCCUGUGUCAUCUUUACCAGCUGUGUGUGGCAGGCAAGGAUGCACAGGUGAUGGAUGAGUUAUCGUUGAUGCCAAAGUGCGAUCUCUCAUUGUGUAGGGUACAAGAACAGCCAGAAGGUGGAGAAAGUGAAGAUAAUGCACCACAGUUGGUUGCUGCUCAUCUAAGUGGAAUGCAGCUGCAUGACACAAGUAAUGCAGCAGACAACAGUUGUACCAGUGAGCCUCUGAGAGAACUUACUGAACUGGAACAGCAGCAGCUUCACGAUGAGGAGGAUGGAUGGACGGUUAUACGAAGAGGAAACAAGAAGCGAUAGGAAAUUCUCAUCAAAUAUAGUACUGUAAGAAUUAGAAGAAUGGCUUUCUUAUUGAAGAAUUGUAUGUAUUUUGUACUUUACUCUUUCAGGGGUUAAUGGACCGUUGUUCACUUAACUACAGUGGACCCCCGGUUAACGAUAUUUUUUCAUUCCAGAAGUAUGUUCAGGUGCCAGUACUGACCGAAUUUGUUCCCAUAAGGAAUAUUGUGAAGUAGAUUAGUCCAUUUCAGACCCCCAAACAUACACGUACAAACGCACUUACAUAAAUACACUUACAUAAUUGGUCGCAUUGGGAGGUGAUCGUUAAGCGGGGGUCCACUGUAUUUACUUGCAUGCAGGAACACUCAGUUUUCCCUUCAGUGGGGUGCUUCAAUGCCAGUAAAAAAAAAUUUAGUUGAAGUUACCAUCAUGACUCACAAAAUCAUAACAACAUGAUUGCAAACAAAUCAUGGAAUGGAUGUGGCUCAAUCUUUCCCCCUUCCCCCCAUUCUGUGAGUUAUUUUAGUCCAAGGAAAUGGAGAUAGCCAUUCCUUCUUGGAUUAAACUUGAUUACUUCCCAUUCCCCAGGCACUUAGUGCCUGGGGAAUGGGAAUGGGUUUAGUGCUUCCCCAUGAAUAUAAUAAAAGUUAUUUAUUUUGGGAUGAAACAAAAACAAGCUGAACAGCUCAGUACAGAUAUUAAUAAAUUUAAGAUAUUUAUCUAUUUCAGUACAGUGACAAUGUUGCACAUUUAUAUAAAGCAUAAAAUAUUUCAUGGUUCUGCAUAAUUACUGCAGAGAAAAUGUAUUUUUGUGAAAAAAGUACAAUACAAUAUUUUAUACUGUACUGUACAGAACAUGAAAAACAAGCACUGCAGUAGGCCUACUGGCCCAUGAUAUGCAGGUCUUUUUUUAAUUAUAUUAAAUUCUUAAAUUUGUAAAAAACUGUCAAUUUAAUCAGUGACAAUGCACAUGAAUUAUAUAUAUAUAUACAUAUAUAUAAUUACAUACCCUUUAUUUAGAUGCGUAAAAUAUCUUAUUAAUUUGUAAAUAAAUAUUCUACAAACUAUACACCUAUACUGUAUACUGUAUACUAUACUGUACAAACAAAUUGGCACAUUAUAAGUUAAGCCUUUUAAAAUAUAUUUUCAGACAUCUC